GAAGUUCCUUUGUUGCUGGCAAGAUGGUGUUGAGAUAUCUACACUUCUUCCAGCUUGUUAUUAUCAUUCUUUCUGUUUAUGGCUUCACUGUGGCACUGGAAAAACAACUGCUUUGUACAUCCAAUGACAUUGAUAUUUUAUAUUCCUAUUGUGGUUCUGGGAGAGAUAACUUCUUAUUUUCAGUGGAGCCUUGUUGGUUACGGAAUCGUACAGACUGGCAGGGUACUAUUUUCUGGAUUCCAAAGGCUGAUUUGACAGUUGUCAAUGCACGCAUACAGUUGUGGAAUGGGCCUUUUAAAAGCUUAAAAUGGGAGAGUGCUGUUUGUCAUGGUGUGGAUGAUGACUAUUCAUAUUGUGGAGCUCUGAAAGGAGAAACAAUCAACGCAACUGUGAAAAUCAGUGGAUCAGGGCCAAAUUACAUGAAGUUUUUAAAGGGGGAAUUCAUUGUAUUUUUAGAAAUAUUCACAGGUCUCAAGGAGUUGAUAACAUGCGUGAAUUACACACUGAUCCUUAAGUAGUGAUUAUUUUGGAGAGGAAGCUUUGGUAAAUCCUCAUGGCAUCUGAUCCUUGAAAUUGUUGAAUUGUAUCAUGAAUAAUUAGCCAAAAACAAAUGUAAGAUGAAGACAAAUAUUCAUUAUAUAUGAGGCAACAUGAAACUUAACAUAACAUAAAGUGUAUUGCUUGACAAAACUCCAAAACAGCCAGUCUAUUAAAACUACUUCA